AGCCAUUCAGAGGCAGGUGGAGAGCUGCCGUCUCCCGGUGCAUCGCAGGCAAUGCAGGGUCCAGAUUUAAUUUAACGCAUGUAGCUUCUUCUAAGCAAGAUGCGAUUUAUACACAGACAUUAAUUAUGUUCACGUUACUUGGCUCUAGACUUGGAGUUCAGAAAGAGACCGCACGAAGAAACUGAAAAAUCUCAGUCGACCGGGAAAGCAGACCACGCCACCCGGCUUCCGGGGAUUCAGGGGCCGCAUAGGUUGACGGCAGACGUCGGUCGGUCGGUGGCUCGAGGGGGAGAGGAAAGACGGAGCGAGCUUUUACAUCGGCGCAGACAUCCACCUUUCGAUUUCAGCCACUUUCGAGAUGUCAAGAAAGCUGCACAGGACAGAAGUCUGCGCUGACUGCAGUGCGCCAGACCCAGGCUGGGCCAGUAUCAACCGAGGGGUUCUGAUCUGUGAUGAGUGCUGUUCAGUCCACCGCAGCCUUGGCCGCCAUAUUUCCAUAGUAAAACACCUGAGGCACAGCGGAUGGCCUCCGACACUACUGCAGAUGGUUCAGACUUUGGCCUGUAACGGGGCCAACUCCAUAUGGGAACACAGUCUCCUGGACCCUGCGCAGGUGCAGAGCGGUCGAAGGAAACCAAACCCUCAGGACAAGGUCCAUACCACUAAGUCAGAGUUCAUCAGAGCUAAAUACCAGAUGCUGGCAUUUGUGCACAAGCUCCCUUGUCGGGAUGAUGAUGGUGUCACUACUAAGGAUCUCAGUAAGCAACUUCACUCGAGUGUGCGGACUGGGAGUCUAGAGACGUGUCUUCGCCUCUUGUCCCUCGGCGCUCAGGCCAACUUCUUCCAUCCGGAGAAAGGCACCACCCCACUUCAUGUUGCUGCAAAGGCAGGGCAGAUCCUGCAGGCUGAGCUGCUCGUUGUGUACGGUGCUGAUCCUGGAGCUCCUGAUAUCAACAGGCGCACACCAAUGGACUAUGCUAGGCAGGCAGGCCAUAUUGAGCUAGCAGAGCGCCUGGUAGAGUGUCAGUAUGAGCUGACGGACAGACUAGCCUUCUACCUGUGUGGCCGGAGACCAGAUCACAAAAACGGGCAUUAUAUCAUUCCUCAAAUGGCAGACAGAGCUCGUCCUAAGUGCCCGACACAGAGUCUUGACCUCUCUGAACUUGCCAAGGCUGCCAAGAAGAAACUGCAAGCUCUCAACAACCGGUUGUUUGAGGAACUUGCUAUGGACGUGUAUGACGAGGUGGAUCGCAGGGAGAACGACGCAGUGUGGUUGACAACACAGAACCACAGCACUCUGGUAACAGAACGGAGCGCGGUCCCCUUCCUGCCGGUCAAUCCUGAAUACUCUGCCACACGAAACCAGGGUCGUCAGAAGCUGGCCCGUUUCAACGCUCGGGAGUUUGCUACGCUCAUCAUUGACAUCCUGAGUGAUGCCAAGCGGAGACAGCAGGGGAAAGGACUCAGCAGCCCUACUGACCCACUGGAUCUGGGCAUAGAUGAUGACGAGCACGACUACGACAACGUAGCUUCUGAUGAGGACACAGACAGCGAGCUGACCACCCAGAACAACAACAACACACAACGCAGUAAUCGUGCCAAGAGCAUGGACUCGUCCGACCUGUCAGAUGGUCCCAUCACCCUGCAGGAAUAUCUGGAGGUAAAGAAGGCCCUGGCCUCCUCAGAAGCUAAAGUGCAGCAGCUGAUGAAGGUCAACAACAACCUCAGUGAGGAGGUCCGGCGGCUGCAGAAGGAGAUCAACCGGAUGCAGACAGAGAACAGUGCAUUACGGGGGGGCCAGCAGGCUGGGGGGACAGCAGGCCACGGGGUUGGGGGCCCUGGUGGAGGAGGGGGAGGUCACUGGGCAAGUGGCGGGAUGUUCGGAGGAGUUGUUGGUGGUUGUUUGGGUGGGUUUGGUUCAGGAGCUGACCCCACGGGGCUCUCUGUGCCCUCCUCAGCCAACGCUCACUCCCACCUCUACCGGAGGGAACGUCAAGCCAUCUCAAUGUAUGAGCCGGGAGCAGCCCCUGGGCCCACGGCCCAUGGUCCCCCAGCCCUGGACUCUCUUGCAGCCCGCCUGCAGCCCCUCAACACACCCAGCGUGAGGAAAGGUGGAAUAAGUGGUCCAGCACCGUAUGGAGUCCAGCAUGUGUCUGGAUCUAUAGAGAUGGGCCGAUACAUGAUGUCCAAAACUGAGAAGCAUGGCAGUGGCACGGACAGUGACUAUGACAACACACACGAUCAUUUACAAAGUAUUGGCCGGAGCAGCGAAGAAGAGGGUCGGGGUGAGUCUGAGGAGGGAGGCGGGGAGGCGGGUGAGCCGGAUCCCACCCUACCGUGCACAGAGGACGUAAUACUGAAGACGGAGCAGGUGACAAAGAACAUCCAGGAGCUGUUGAGGGCCGCUCAGGAGUUCAAACACGACAGCUUUGUUCCAUGUUCUGAGAAGAUCCACUCUGCUGUCACUGAGAUGGCUUCUCUCUUUCCAAAACGGCCGGCUCUAGAUGCAGUCCACUGCUCCCUACGUCUGCUGGCUUCUAGCGCCUCGCGGCUGCAGGUGGAGUGUCGCAAGGCGGCACCGUCGGAGCCCGGGGCCCCGGCGGUGGACUACCAGCUGCUCACCCAGCAGGUCAUCCAGUGCGCCUAUGACAUCGCCAAGGCUGCCAAGCAACUGGUUACCAUCACAACACGUGAGAAGAAACAGUGACCGAACCAAACCACUAAUGGGAGAGAGACAAGAGACCAAUGCAUGGGAGGGGCUUUCAGGGGAAAGGAGAAAGACUGCAGAUGGAGGGGCUGUUGGGGUGAUAGACAGGAGGAAGCAAAGAAAAGUUUGGAAGAUACAUGAGAAAGCAAAGAUUGUUCUUAACAAACAGCAAAAGGUGAAAGGUCACAAGUGUGGAAGUGAAAGUAGGGAAGGACAAGUAGAAGGAUCUGAUAUGGGGGGUGGAAUAAGAAGCAUAUAAUUAACCGCUGAAACUGUGAGGAGCAAACAGGAAAUCUGAUGUUGGGAGAUGUACAGUGAACUGGAUCCUUAAACGCUACUGCUUUAUUUAUUUUUUUCCCUCGUCGUCCAUCCCUCUGGCGCUUAGUUGCCUUGGGAGGAAACUACCACAGAGAGAGAAGCGGAUGGAGCUACACCUUCUGCACGACACCUCCAUCUUGUGAGGAGUCAGGGUGUUUAUCCUCUCCUUUCCUCCUUUUCACCACUCCGUCUCUCCAGCCCGAAAUGCUGUCCUUCUGCUCCCACUGCCGUCGCGGGCAGGAUGAGCUAGCGGUGCAGAGGAGGACGCACCUCCACCGAGGCCCUCAGACUUUCCAGCCCGACUGAGCUUUUAAAGGAGGGCCUCGAGCUUCUCUUCCAACCCGUCACUGUCUUGUUUGUGGUGGUACACUGCAUGAUCCGGCAUGUUUUCUUUUCUUCGUUUUCCUCUCUGAAUCGCAGAUCAGAUUGAUUUGCACAUCUUUUUUUUUACUGACUUAAACACUUACACUGGAAUAAUUGAUUCAUUGUUUAUCAUGUCUAUUGUUUUUUUUUUCUAUU